CACGCGACCACAAGCGUCAAGAUGGCGGAACGACUGCGCGUGAAGGUGCAGUGCGGCGACCACCGCAUCCUGGUGGCGGUCGACAGCACCAGCCAGUGUGUUGACCUGCAACAGACGAUCAUGGAUUGGUUCAAGGACAACAUGAACAGAGACUUGGAAGUCGUUGGCAUCACAACAAGUGACGGGUUCAUGGUCGGCAACGGCAUGCGCGUAGGCGACGCCCUGCGCGAUGGCGACGUCAUCACGGCCAUCCUGAGUCGAGCUUCUCGCAAUGUCAGCAUGGAACUGCACGAGGACAUGCUGGCAUCCCCGGCUCCGAAGCGUGCCAAGCUCUCUGAUGAGGCGGGCAAUCCACUCAAUGCCUUGUUUGAAGUGCUGCGUGACAGUCUCUCCAAGUCCAGUGGCUCAUUCCCUGCUAGCGGUGCCAGCAACGGCAAUAACAAUGACAGCAUGGUCUCCACCAUCGCCUCUGCUUCAAUGCUCGCUGACACGCGCGCGGAGCUGCCUGCAACUUCCACUCCAGCACCGCAAGCAACAUCCAAGCGUACACCCUCAACCACCGCAGCCAGCGGCAACACCACCAUCACCGACACCACCAACGCGGGCGUUGCACCAUCCGCCGCAACCGCUCGCGACCACGCCCCCUUUACAUCCACUCCGCUUGCAUCCUCCCCCGCAGCCAGCGCCAGCCCCCAGCGCACUGCCACAGCCGCAAACGGGGUGAAGAAGGCCGUGCUGAGCACCACCACGUCCAAGAAGGCGGCAGCAACAACAAGUGCAACAACAGCAACAAAAGCAGCUGCGGCCAAGACGGUGUCGAUUACAGCCAGCAGCACCAGCAGCACCAGCAGCGCCAGCAGCGCCAGCAGCACCGCCACAUCGACCACGGUGCCAGGCACAUCCGCCUCAAGCGCCGUUGCAAAGGGCCGCAGCAGGAGCAGCAAGGAGGGGAAUGUGGACAGGAAGGAGGAAGACGCGCUGAAGAGCCGCGUGCUGGCACACAGCGACCGCGAGAGCACACGGCUGGCAGGGAAGGCACGCAAGGAGAAGGCGCAGCACAAGACAAAGACUAUCACGACCGCCGAUGCGACAGCAACAACACCAGCAACAACACCAGCCACAAAAAAAGCAGUAACAGCGCCAGCAGCAGCAACAACAAAAACAGCAACCCCAGCAACAGAGCAGCAGCAGAAGAAGCAAGAGGAGAAGGAGAAGGAGAGGAAGAAAGCCAUGCAGGAGAAGGUUGCCAAGGCGGCGGAAGCACAGCGACGCAAGCAGCUCACGGACAUGGAACGCGCAACAACAGGGGCCGCGGCAGCACUCAGGCUCACACAGGCGAAGCGUGGCCAUGCAAAACCCACGACACCAGCCACUUCCACCACGGCAGAAGCACCGUCGACAGGUGCGCCCGCAUCCGCGGCAUCUCCUUCAGCUCCUGCUGCAAAGCGCAGCAAGACGACCAGCAGCGCGUCGCCCGCCGCUGCUGUCACGACUUCGGCAACAGCGACAGAUGGAGACGCAAAGGGUGGUACCGAAAAGGUCACAGCUGCAGCAGCGGCGCACAAGAAGGACGACAAGGUGGACAAGGCAAGCAAAGGUGCCAGUAAGGCGGGCACGAGCACAGCAACUGCAGCAAGCACAGCCGCACCGGCCAAGGACAAGGCGACCGAGAAGACAGCUGGGGCCAACGGCAAAGGUGACAAGGUCGACAAGACGGCUGAGAAAGCCGCCGCAGCAUCGACUCCGGCCAAGGACACACCCAAGACAAAGGCGAGCACUGCCGCUUCCACCACUCCCAAGACCGCCGCCGCUUCUGCUGCUGCGGCAACGAAGAAGAAGCAGCAGCAGCAGCAGUUGAGGAAGGGAAAGGGUGAGGAACAGUCCAGCAACAGCGGAAGUGAGAGCGAAAGUGGCAGCGGAAGUGAGAGCGGAAGUGAGAGCGAAAGCGGCAGUGGCUCGUCUAGUGGCAGCGACAGUGGUUCAAGCAGUGGCAGUGACAGCGACAGUGGCAGCAGUGCCGACAGUGAUGCCGAGGAGAAAACAACCAAGCAGCAGAGGCAGAAGCUGACGAAGAAGAAGUCUGCUGCCCAGACCACCACGAGCAAGGCGGCUGCCACCACUGCAACGACGCCAGCAAGCAAGAGUAUUAAGGCCGCAGCGCCAAGUAAGGCAGCCGAGGCGACGUCAACAACCAGCAAGGCGGCAGAAGCAAGCAAGGCUACAGCAAGCAAGGCGACAGCAGCAAGCAAGGCGGCAGAAGCAGAGGAGGUGUCCACGUCCACCUCCACGAGUGCAGCGGCGACCCCAAGCAAGGCUGCGCGCGGGCGCACGCUUGGAGUGGGCAAGAUGCGCGUUGGGCGGACGUCAGCUGCUGGUGGUGAGACGAAGAGCACGACGGAGAAGACCCAAGCAGAGGAGCUGUCAGAGAAAACAAACAAGGCGGAGGAGAAGAAGGACAAGAAGGCGGGGGAGGAGGAGAAGCAAGAGAAGCAAGAGGCGAGGGGAAAAGAGAAGGGGAAGGAAAAGGAAAACGAAAAGGAGGAAGACAAGGAAGAGAAGAAGGACAAGGAAAAGGAAAAGGAGGAACAGAAGGAAGAGAAGAAGGAGGUUCAGAAGCAGAAGCAGGCGAAGGACAUGGCCGAAGACGGGGAGAAGAAGAGCAAGGCUGGGGAAAAGACCAAAGCAGCAGCAGCAGCAGCCAUCAGCACUACCGAGGCCGACAAGAAGGGGGCGGCGACAACAACUGCUGCAAAGUCCACCAAGAAAGACAAGGCCGCAAGCGAGGAUGCCGGACAAGCGGAUGGCGAUGGCGACGAAGGCGACAGUGAGGGCAGCGAGGACACUGGCGUUCUGACCCAGGCACCAGCCUCAACCAAGAAAACAGUCACCACACCAAAGCGUGUCACCCGCAGCAGCGCAAGGCGGCAAAAGGCGCAGGACAAGGCCAGUGCCAAGAAGAGCGCCAAGACGACAGCAGCAGCAGCAAAUGUUGCGGGCAGCGGGAAGGCAGACAAGGCAGACGAUGGUGCUGACAGCGGUGAUGCUGAAGAGGAAUCGUCCUCGCCCGCUGAGAGGGCUGCUGACGAGGCGAAGAAGGGCGGCUCGAGCACCCCGCUGCAAGGCGACAAGCAGAAGAAGGAGGAGAAGGAGGAGAAGGAGGAGAAGGAGGAGAAGGAGGAGAAGGAGGAGAAGGAGGAUGACAACGAGGGGAAGAAGGAGAAGGAUAAGGUGUCGGUUGCAAAGAAGAGCAAAGGUGGCAAGAAAGCAGAGGAGUCAACAACCAUGGAUACAGCUGCUGAUUCCGAGCAGGAGGAAGAGGAGGAAGAAGAAGAGCAAGAAGAGCAAGAAGGAGCCCGCCAAAGCACAGCCGCUUCCCGGUCGAAGGAGCGCGCUGGGAAAUCCACUAGUGCCGCGGGUGCUGCUGGUGACGGCGAUGAUGGCGAUGAUGUCGAGGGCGAGGGUGACGAGGAGAAGCAGGAGUCGAGCAAGUCCAUCCACAGCGUGGUUGCCAUGGAGGACAGCGAGGCCGAGGAUGACGAGGACAACGAGGCGGACGAGGGCAAGCAGCCGCAGCAGGAGACAAUGGACCUGUUUGGGGACAGCGGUGCUCGAGAUGGCGACAGCAGCAGCCCCGUCAUUGAUGAUGGCGAUGAUGACGAGAUUGCUCGCUUCGGCACGGACUCGGACUCGGAGGGCUCUGGCCAGCGCACAAAGCGAGACGAGGAUGCCGACGAAGAUGACGAGGAGGAUGAGCAGCAAGAGAUGGACCAGGAGAAGGACGAAGAUGGCGAGGAGGAGGAGAAAGGCAAAGAGGAGAACGAGAAGGACGCAGACGAAGGCAAAGAGAAGGCGGCAGGGCAGCAGCUGCGAAAACAGCGCGCGAAGAAGCCACAAGAGGGCAAGACCAGCGGCAAGGCAAAGGCGAAGACUGCUGCCGCUACUUCUGCUACUUCUGCUACUGCUACUGCUGCGGCGACGAAGCUUACCACACCGUCGAAAGACAAAUCGAGCAAGAAAGCUGGUGCGACAUCCUCAUCUUCCAAGGCGGCUGAGCGGCCCAAGCCUUCCGCUGCUGCUGCUGCUGCUGGUGGUGGCGGUAGCGGCGGCAGCAGCAAGAAGACAAAGGACACGGGAAGAAGAGGUCGAAAGCGCGCAGACGACGCAGACAGCGGGGCGUCGAGCGACGAAGCCGUUGAGGACAGCGAGGGGGGAGAAGGGCCGGAGAGCCCAGACCUACUGAUGGGCCGGUUCUCGCAGUCCCUGCCCAUGACUUCGACUGGUGGUGUUGAUGCGGAUGCUGAUGGCGAUGCUGACAAUGUUGAUGAGCAGGGCGAGAAGGGCAAGGGUGCUGGCACGAAGACCGCCGCAGCGCCAGCAGCCAAGACGCCUGCGAAGAAGAAAGCAGCUGCGGAGCCCAAAGCGGCAAAAGCGACGAGCAAGAAGGCGGCAGCGCCCGGAAGAGAGGCGGUGAUGGCGACGGGCGCGGACACGCCGGGGGAUGACGGGUCAGUGAAGAGGAAGAAGCGGAUUGUGCGUCGAAUCGUUCGUCGCAAGGGUGCUGCUGGCCAGGAGGAGGGCAAGGGCGAGGGUGCCGGGGCGGACGCCACGACGACCACCACCAGGGUGGAGAUUGUGACUGAUCCUGUGACUGGGAAGAAGACAAGGAAACGUGUGGUGGUGCGCAGGGUGAAGAAGGGAGCGGUGGGCGCGACCGGUGGUGGUGCGGAUUCCGAGGCCAGCAGCGAGGUUGACACGCCAUCCUCCGGCAAGAAGAAGCGCAAGGUGGUGGUUCGUCGUGUUGUGAAGAAGAAAAAGGCGCCCGCCACUUCCGAGUAGUUAGUUGCCUUGUGUGUGUGUGUGUAUGUGUGUGUGUGUGUGUGUGUGUGUG